AUGACUACCGACGUCAUACAGAAACUGGACCAAGUCAGGCUUGAUACCGGGGCCGAAGGCGAAUUCAAUGUCGAGAGUGAGGUGGAGGACGAGCAAGCUGUAGGAGAAGGUCAUGGCGGGAGUGGCGAUGCCAAAAAGAAGAAAAAGAAGAAAAAGAAGAGUAAUAAAAGCAAGGCCUCAGUGACCAAAGCUGUAUGGCUGGGUAGUAUCCCAGAAGAGCCGCCUGCACCUGUCCCAGAGUCACCAGAAGAUACAAGAAAGUGGGAGAAGGAUUUGAGGAAAGGCGCCAAGCAAUUUGUUCUAUCGCCUUGGUACAUCCUUGAUGAUCGGACCCGUCCUAUUCUCAACAUCUUCCGUACCCCUUCAUGUAAGGAUAUAGAAUUGAAGACACCCAGGCUUCGCCUUCGGCAGGUUGAAGUGGGUGACACCACGGGGAUCAGACGGAUCAAGAUGGAGCCCUCGGUUCAGAAAACUCAGCUAUACGGCUCCCCGUCGAUGUCAGAUAUCAAAGAAUCAUUCCAAAAUAGAUACGUAAGAUCGAGGGAAGAAUACGUAUUUGCGAUAACCGCCGUUGAUCCGUCUUUGAUCGAGAUAAAACCUCCAGGGAAUAUCAAAAUCACGAACCGGAUCACGUCUGCGGAAGGAUAUCUCGGUAACAUCGCUCUGUCACUCUCUUUCAAAAAUCCUUCCUCAUCGUCCAUUCUCCCAAAGAAGGGUGAAGUCUUCACGCAACCGACCUUCGCCCAAUUGCACCAGGCUGGACUAACCGGGAAGAUGUUCUAUGAGAUACAUCCUCAGCUCUGGGGGCAGGGGAUAAUGGGGGAGGCUUUUGUGGAGGUCCUACGAUUCGCUAUGGAAGAGGUCGGGUGUGCUGUGGUACAGGCGAGUCCAGACAUUGCCGCCGAGUCCCCGAGUGACGGAUGCUUAUAA